UAGCUAGCUAGCAAAGAUCAACUGGCAAUCGGCUAUUCAACGCUAGUUCAAUUACAACAAGAUAACAACAUGAACGGAAUUCACACUGUGUUGUUGGCCGACCCAUAGUCAUUCACAUGGCAUUAUCUACUGUGAAGUUAACAUACAUCUUUAGUUUUCGCUAGCUAGCUUCAUGAAGUUGGCAAGCUAAAUGGCUUGCGAGUUUUGGUACGUUAUCAGUAUUAGCUAGCGACGAGAUUUUUGGAGACGUGGGUCGUGUGGUGAUUCUGCAAGUACAUUAUGGAAGGAGUUCUCUAUAAGUGGACAAAUUAUAUGACAGGGUGGCAGCCGCGCUGGUUUGUUUUAGAUGAUGGGAUAAUUUCCUACUACGAUUCUCAAGAUGAUGUCUGCAAAGGGAGCAAAGGAAGUAUUAAGAUGUCCGUCUGUGAAAUCAAAGUUCACCCCACUGACAAUACCAGACUGGAACUGAUCAUACCAGGAGAGCAGCAUUUUUACGUCAAAGCUGUCAAUGUUGCCGAACGACAGAAGUGGCUUGUGGCACUUGGAAGUUCCAAAGCCGGAAAAAGGAAAGGAAAAGAAAUAACAGAGAAGACAGAAUCUCUUAAAACAAAGAUGUCCGAGCUGCGUCUCUACUGUGACUUGCUAAUGCAGCAGGUCCACACGAUACAGGAGUCUGAGGACCAGGAAGGAGACCACUCCAAUUCCAGCUCGGAGACUCUGAAUGAGGCCUCCUCUUUACUGAGUGCCACGUGUUACACCUUCAUCAAAACACUGGAAGAAUGUAUGAAGAUGGCCAACUCCAAGUUCAAGACAGUCAUGGUGCUGUUGAACCCUCCAGAUGACAUGAUGAUGUCCCCUGUUUCUCCGUCCCCAAUACAGAUGGCCUGGACGAAGCGGUCCAUAAGUUACCCGGGCACGUACAAUUUUGACAGGUCUGGCCUCCCGCCAAAGGAGGGUGUGUUAUCAGGUCAAAGGUCAACCCAGAGGAGGACACGGACUUGUUCGGACACAGAGGCUCACAGUGACAGCUGUGUUUAUGAGAUGGAUCGCGCUGCUGUGCUGUGUCUCAAUGCCAGUGUGAACAGGGAGUCCUGCAGUGUCCCUGAGGAGUGUGGUGCCAUCAGUCCUACCAGUCCCAGAGCCAUGUCAGACACUCCAGAGACUGACCUGUCCAUCUGACCUGUCCUGUCACUCACCAAAUACAUUGCAGUGGCUUCAGAUAGAGACUGGGCUUCAUAAAAAUAUAUUUUACGAGGUUCAUAAGAAAAUCAUGAAUUCCUAAGAAUAUUUUUGAGGAAUUGCACUUACAAACAAUCUUCUGGACUUUUCUUAAGAAGCUUAUGUUUUUUCUUUAGAAGUUUUUUGUAAAUCCAGGUCCUGGAGUUGAGAUUGGUAGUCCACUGUCAAGUAACUGGUCUGUCUGUUCAGUAGGCCUGUGCAAACUUGUAGGCAUAGUACUGUCUAUAUUUUAUGAAGGGUGAAUAAUGACUUGGCUAAAGUGUGAAUAGUUGUGAAUUCUGCAGAGCUGAAUGUAAUCAGAUACUUCAGUUACUCCACAAGUUAGACUGAUAUGAGGCUACUGUAAUGUGAGGUGUUACCAUGGUCGAGUUCAUUAGGGCACGCAAUGGAAAAAAGUUUUAAAACUGAAAAAGAAAAUGAGUGUUUCUUAUUGAAUGACUGUAGUUGUCCUUCCCUGUUGUUUUCUUCCCUUCAGUGCCUAAUGAACACACUCCAGCUUUUAUUGCUCACAUAAUGCAAUGCAGUCACUGCUUGGUAUUGCGUUAAUGGUAUUUUCAAAAAGUAUUGUAUUAUUUCCUGUGGAAGCAUUGCUUUGCACUUUAAGAAUGAUGGAUCGUUUUUGAAUGUUUGUACUAUUCCAGGAGGUUGUAUGUUAUUAUUGCAGAAUAAAAUGUUUGAUAUGCAACA